GGUGGGGGCUGUUUGCUGGACCUAAAACUUCUCUCCAGCCCUGUGCAUGAUCAGUGUAUCAGCAAAGCCAGUGCAGAGACACAGGACAGGGCUCCUCCGGCCACUGGCAGCCCAGCCGCUGAUAUGUCUGUGCUUAGCACCUGUGGGGGUUAUUGGCUGACGGGUUACUCUCUGCUCAUCCUGAGCAUCUGCCAGUCUGCGGCUGCCGGUGCCUCGUGGACCUACACAGGUGACCACGGCCAGGAACACUGGGAAGCGUCUUACCCGGACUGUGGCGGAACCGCGCAGUCUCCUAUCAACAUUAACACUUCUAACGUCUCCUAUGAUGAAUUGUUACCUGCCAUAGAGCCGAAAGGGUACAGCAUGCCAGGUGCCUCUCCGUUCACCCUCACCAACAACGGCCAUACAGUUGUGCUUUCCCUACCAUCCUCCAUGCGCAUCCGUGGUCUCUCUUAUAAUUUCACGGCCGUCCAGCUCCACCUACACUGGGGUAACAUGUCUCUACGAGAAGGGUCAGAGCACCAGAUUGAUGGGAAGGUGUAUCCAGCAGAGUUGCAUAUCGUCCAUUACAACGCUGACAAAUUUUCCACCAUCGGUGAUGCUAAAAAUAAACCCAAUGGGCUGGCUGUUCUGGGGAUCUUAAUUGAGAUAGGAACUAUGGAGAAUACAGGAUACAGCAACAUUCUUAAUUAUCUGGAUGAAGUCCGCUAUGCAGGUCAGACAACACAAAUCCCAUCUUUCAAUGUGGAACAGCUGCUUCCUGAGAGACUGGACAAGUAUUUCCGAUACAGCGGCUCCCUAACAACACCCCCCUGCUAUCAGAGUGUACGGUGGACGGUCUUCUGCAACGCAGCUCAGAUCUCAGUGUCUCAGAUGCAGAAAUUAAGUGCAACUCUGCAUGCUUCCGAAGCCAAUUCACCCCCGGGCUUACUGCAAAAUAAUUUUCGAGACCCACAGCCGCUGAACCUGAGGACUGUAUACUCUUCCUUCCAGAUAAAACCAGCCUUGCCUUUAGGGCAAAUUCUCGGCAUCGUUUUUGGAACACUGGGGGGAGUGCUGUGUAUCUCCUUGAUUUUGUUAUUUACCAUCAAGAAAAUGAGGAGUAAGUCCUGGGCUACACACAGACUGGAAAAAUCAUUCGAUGGAGUCACUGAGCCUGAACAUAGGAUGGAACAGUGCUGCUAUUUAAGAAAACUGUGAAGACUUAACAUGUACGAUUUUUAUAAAAAGUGUCUGCAACUCCACUACUGCUGGUAAUAGUGAUUCUGGAGCCAGUUUUAAGACUGUGAAUAUUUUGUGAAUAUAUGCUGCGUCUACAAAGCUGUGACAUGCAAGACACUGUCCUACCCUCGGAGAUGAACUCAAUCAACCCUCAGCCCUCUACAGUGUUAAAUCCAGUUAUCUUGCAGCAAGGACUUUCCCGCAGGUUGUCUGAGAAGGACACCUUCCUUGCUGCUCCGAUGACUUCGCACUGACUGCCGAUCGAAACACUUUCAAAAACUUUCUUCUAGUCAUCUGCAAACUCUGGGCAACGGGUACCCAAACGGACUUCCCCCUCAGACCUUCUGUAACAUUUUUUGAUUUUAUUUUGGAUACUCUGUUCCAAGUUCCGGUCAAGAAAUCUUAGGAACGGUGGCUAAACGGUAACUCCGUUACUUGGCGAUUAUGCUGUGGUGUUGGGGAAAGUAGGGGACGACACUCCUUACACUGUAGAUUUUACAUUAUUUGCGUGUAUUUUAAUGAUAAAUUGUGAAAUCUCGAUUUAUUUCCAUAUUGGUAAAAAAAUCUCAGAUUGCAGCCUCCCAUUUACGUUUAGCAGAACCUCUCGGACCUUAUCUAGUCAUGGGCUUGGCCUCCAAAACAGGGUGACCUAAAGCCUCAAGUGCCUUUCAAUUUCAUUCUUACGCUCAACUCUUCUGUCUAGAUCCCCAUCUGGGUCCAUAGAGUAAUGCGUUACUGAAAUGACCUAGUAUUUUCCACUACCUCCUGCCGUGCACCUUACUGAACAUUAAGAUAGUCAACCUAUUCUGUGCCUACAAACACGAGCACCGAGAAACAUAUUGUGUGACAUUUUCUUGUGUGAAAAGACUUGCCACCUCUGUGCAGUGGAGGCAGCCAUCUUGAAUCAUCAUGUAGCCUAUCACCACACUGGAACAGAUAACGUGCCUCUGGGAUGGCCCACUAGCCCCUAAUGAAAUAACGGCCAGCAAAAUGGCUCCAUCCGCUGCGUCUAAGGGUUAAUACUGUGAUUGCUACAAAAGCCAGUGUCCUGGCAGACCAGCUACUGGGUGCUUCUCUAUCUACGUCAAUGACUAUUUCCGUUGUUUUUGUAACAUGCUACAGUAAUAAAGAUGUUCUUAAUCUGAA